UUAGGUUACAGGACUUUUUCUUUAUGACAAAGUCACAAUUAUAAUUAAACCAGCGCAUAAUUUUGUCUUUUUGAAGAAAAAUCAAAAUCAAAAUGAAAAACACUUGGAUUUCAGUUAUUAUUUUGGUAUUUUUCAGUGCUUUGGAGAAUGGAGAUGCAGCGAUUACUGGUUGGACAGAGCCAUCAAUUACCGGGGCUGCAGAUGGACCAGGAACUCUUACUGUUCCAGAAGAUCAGGCACUCAAUACAAUAAUUGUGACAUAUGUAGCCACUACUGAUGCUGCCUCCAUUACAUACUCUCUUGUAACAGCUGUUACUCCAUUUGCUUUAUCAGAGGCUGGUGAGCUGACAAUAACAGCUGCGCUGGACUUUGAAUCAGAGACAUCUUACACUUUACACGUCAAAGCUGAAGAUAAUAAUGCAGGUGUUGGAACUGCAACUAUCGUAGUAACUGUUACAGACGUGGUUGACACUCCUCCAGUAUUCUCAGCCACAUAUACCCCAUGCAUACUUGACGGUUCACAAGAGGAUGCAACACUAACAACAGUUCAAGCCACGCCCGCAGAUGGUGCCACCAUAGCUUUAUAUUCAAUUACUGAUGGUAACAUUGGGCCUGCUUUUAAAAUUGAUGCUACGUCAGGACUAAUACAAGUUGCAACAGGAUUCACCUUAGACAAAAGUACGCUGGCAACAUAUGAACUUGCAGUUGAAGCUACAGAUGAUGCAACUCCAACUAACACUGGGACGACAACAGUAACUGCUACAGUUAAAGACGUCUGCGACAACGGUUCCUCUUCUGUUACAUUCAGUGCUUUCUUGCUUCUUCUUUCCUUCCUGGUAGCCAAGGUGUAAAGGAAACAAAGAACAUUUGAAAAAAAAGGAACAACGAUAAUGAUUUUUCUUCUUCUCUUUCUAUCAUUUACGUAUUUGUCAUAAUAUUUGUUUAUUGUAUUGUUUUUUUUUUCUCUUAUAGAAAUAAUUGCGAGUUAAAGACAUGUUAACAAAGAAAGGACAUAUCAUACAGUUUCCAACAUGAGCUUUAAUUAUAUAAGAGCAAGUCACAUCAGUCUAUUCAAAUAAAUUUCUGUACAAAUCAAACUUCAAUUACACUUUCAUAUCUUACAAAUAAUCAUAACAUUUUAACCGAUUUUUCAUUCGAUAUUGAACAAGAUACUUCUUUGUAUAGAAACUAUUAACAUUGGUAAACAGUUUAGUCUCGCUAUUAAGACCAUUUUGGGGCCCCUGUAGAAGUGGUCUUAUUAUCGAUUCGGUCUUAUUUUAGAGACCUAUGAUAUGUAAAUCUGUAAUUGGUGGUUAUCAGUAACCAUUGAAAUCGCUGCAGAAAUAUAACAGUUUGAACAACACAAACCUUAUAAAUCUAUAAUGUGAAUUGGAUUUUUAGAUUAAGUUUUAUGAGAAUGUGAGAAACGGAGAAAUGAGUUUGCUAUGAGAUAUAAUUGUAUCGAUGUGAAUUCUUUCUCUUAUGACCAUUUUCUUGUCUUAAAUUGUUAGGAUUUACACUGACGUUCAUGAACAGGCUAAAUCAAACCGAGCCUGCAACAUUUUCAAUUUUUGUCGUUUUGGACGUUUUUAGGGGUUCCAUUUUUCUCUUUUGAAACAUUUCUGAAACAUGUAUUAUAUUUUUCUAUGAAAAUAA